GGCCACCAAAUCCCUCUCCCCUGUUUCAACUUCCCUCCCAAUUUUCCCACUAACCCCGCCCACCCCGCGAGAUCCCCUCAUCAUCUUCCCAAACAAAACCAUCAGGCCGCCGCCCUUGCUCCCAUCUCUAACCCUAAUCAUCGCACUCCCAUCUGUACAUCGCUUGGUGAGAAGGGGGCAAGAAGAGGUCGGUCCUUCCUGGUGAUCCACAUAUGGCGACUCGUGCCUCCAACACUGUUGGCGAUCACGGAGAUCCUGCUGAUGGAGACGCCGGCAACCAAGGGAUCAAGAAACCACACCGGUGCCCUGCUCAUCCCCAAGGUCUCACUGAUGACCACGAGUUACAGUUUCAAUCUACUGAAACCAGCAGAGCCCCAACUGAUGGAAACGACGGCGACCAAAGGAUCAAGAAGCUCCAAUGUCGUCCUACUGUACCCCAAGGGCUCACUGAUGACAACGAGCUACCGUUUCAACCUAUUGAACCAAGCAGUCUCACUGGUGAGACGUGGACUAUAAUUUUGCAACGCUAUGGGGCAACAACAGCGGAUACAGAAUUUGUUGAGCUCGUUUGUGAUAGGUCCUAUAUCACAUUGGCCAACUUAGUUUUACUAAAAACAAAGUUGGGGUACAGUAUGCGGGACUUCAUGUACUAUCUGAAGCGAUGUGGCAAUGACUCAGCAAGCCUCAUCUUGCUUGAUUAUGACCACCAAACAGAAUCUAUGAUGGCUGCCAAUGAGGUUGAGAGGAAACUCAGACUAUUGAUAUCAACAGAGCAACCGUCCGAAUUAAUGAAGUCUAUAACGCCCAUGAAGCGACCAAGGGGGACAACUACAAAAAGUCGUAUAGAUGUACCUACUGCAGAAGAACCAAUUGAUGCAUACAAGGAAUGGCUUGAAAUCCUGCAACAAGAGCAACUUGAAAUGGAAUUUAGAGAUGAUUACAGGGACGAAACCAUCGAGACAUAUAAAGAAUGGUUGAGGCGUAAAGGCUAUCUUAGAGACAUAUGUAAAAUCUACUCUCCUGCUCUCCUAUUUAUAUAUAAAUAUAUUGUAACUACCAUGUGCAAACUAUAAAUUUGACAAACUGACCAUUCCAUUAUAUGUAGAUGCAUAUGCACAAGAUGAUGAUGCCAAUGACAAUGUUCGAGUUGCUGCUGAUG